CAGUGGUAAAGCAGAGUUACCCGACUCUUGGACCAUACCAUUUUUGUGCAGGAAGAGGGGGAGGGACCCUCUCUCGCUAAGAUCAGAGGUGAUGACACGCACUACACCCAGUCCAGUCUCGCGCCGGUCGGAGUCAUGGUGACAGAACGUUGGAUCAACUUUCUGUCUUUUCAUGAAGAAUAGUUUCUGUGCUUCUCCAGCUGGAUUGUAAAGGACACCAAUGGGGAACUCCUAUGCAGGCCAGCUGCGGACCACGCGCUUUGAGGAGGUCCUCCAUAACUCCAUUGAGGCGUCGCUGAGGUCGAACACAGUAGUGCCUCGACCUGUCUUCUCACAGCUAUACCUCGAGUCAGAGCAGCCAUUGGCACAUGAUGGUCGUACAGAGAAUGAUGAUGAAGACGAUGAAGAUGGCUCAGAGUCUAACAGCCCCCCAAUACCCUAUCAGAUGAAGCCCCCACCUGAGGGAUGCUGCACCACGGAUGGCUUCUGUCAGGCAGGCAGGGACCUGCGUCUGUCCUCGCUGGCAUCAGAUCCCUUGGAUGUGCCCCCUGGGUUCAUGUUGGUUGGGGUGAAGUCCCCCUCCCUCCCUGAGUCCCUGCUGGUGUGUGCCAUGGACCGCUGCUUUCUGCCAGAUGAACGGGGUCACAACGCACUGCUGGGCUUCUCAGGGAACUGUAUAGGCUGUGGAGAGAAAGGCUUUCGCUAUUUCACAGAGUUCUCCAACCACAUUAAUCUGAAGCUCAGCACCCAGCCCAAGAAACAGAAGCACUUGAAGUACCAUCUGCACCGAAACAACCAGGGCGUGCUGGUCAAAGGAGCUCCCAUCUGCUGGCGGGGACACGAUGGCAGGAUGAGACAGAUGGGGUCCAGCCUCUCAGAAGGCCAUGCAAUAUCAGCUGAACAACCACCAAACAUGGCACUGAAACACUCAUCACACACACCUGGCAGCUACACAGCAGAAUCAAAUGUGGACCCGAGUGGUCUGCCACAAAUAAUUGAUGCCCCCCACUCGCUGACAAAUGGCAACCAUGCUGUUCCCUCCAUCGCCCAUCCACCUUUACAUCAGUCAAGGCUUGGGAGACCCUCAGCUACAGGGUCCCAUGCAAAUGCUGGACCUCCAAAAAAGAGGCACAAGGGCUGGUCGCCUGAGUCAUCUGCCAACAGUCUGACAGAGAGCACUUUGAAGACACCACCAUCUUCAUCAGCCUUAUCAACAUUAUCGGUGUCCGCUGUCAUCACAAAUGGAGUCAGAACAGAGACAGCAGCCCCGCUGAGUUCAUCACAGGGGUCCUUAACCCCACUUUCUCCGGCAGUGCUGUCUGUAACAAUCCCUGAUGAGCUGCUACACACCUGCAGACUGCAACCUGUCAUCUUUAAAGGUCAUGGCCCACUCCCUCAGCUGACUGGAAAUGUCAAUGAAGUGCUCGUCAGUUCUCUGCUUCAGAGUUGUUAUUUGAGCUCCCAGACACUCCCCAGAGUCUACCAGCACUAUGGACCAUCACCAAUUCAGCCAUUGUCAACUGAGAUGCAGAUUCUACUCACAGUCUACUAUCUUGUUCAGCUAGGCCCUGACCAGGUGCCCCUAAUAGAGGACUUGGAACAGAUAUUCAUGAGGUCGUGGAGGGAGUCUCACCUCAGUGAGAUCAGACAGUACCAGCAGCCUCAAACACCAGCCACCCAAGGGAGGCACUAUGGCAUAGAGGCCCCAUCCACCCUGCCUGGGCUCCCCCAGCAUUUCUCCUUACCUCCCCAGAGCCAACAACCCCUGACCCCCAGCCAGCUUCCUUGGCUCGCUCAGCUGGCUGCGUCAUCCUGUGGAGAGGGCGUGGUGGUGUUAGAGGAGAAGAUUGGAUCUUUGGCUCAAGGCCUCCAGCAAACGUUCAGCAGGUUAAUGGAAGGACGGCUUGAAAACACCAACUACGUGGUCAUUAUUUUCACUGCACCGGGACAGGAAACACAGUCCUGUGUGGUCGUCACAGGUAAACACCAGUGUCGUGCCUUGGCAGAGAGUAUGUACUCCCCCAAUGAGGGUCUGAAAGAAAUCAACCACCAGCUCUCCACUGGUGUUGCCCAGGAACUCAUCCACUACUGCAAUUCCCUCGGACAAGAUGGGGAUUUGGAUUCCCUGUUGGAUAGUGCCACUGUGGACAGCAACGAGCCAUCUCCCUUAUCCAGUAGUCAGGAAUCCGCUGAAGAGAGGAGUCUUAAAACCACAUACAGUCCCAAAGACACAAACAGUCCAAAGGAUCCACACACACAGUGUUCAAAAGACUCGCCCAGCCCUAAAGAGAGAGCUUCAAGUCCCAAAGACACCUGUUCAGAAUACUCCAUAGAGUGGCGUAAGGUUCGUCCCAUUCAGCUGGCAGUGGCCAGGAAGCUACUGUCCCAUGUUUGUGCCAUAGCAGACUCCAGCACACAGAACCUGGAUCUUGGCUCCUUUGACAGGGUCAGCUUCCUCAUUCUGGUCCCGCCGUCCGAGGUAACAUUUCAGCAGACCGUUCUCCACCUCUGGAGCUCUGGUGUCCUUCAGGAGCUUGGGAGUUUAGACCAGGAGUGUUUGUCUCAACGGGAGGCUGAGCGUUAUGUGGUCAAGAUGGAUCAGAACGCUCAGGCACGAAUUGAUAGCCUCAUCCAGGAAGCACAAAGCAACUCCUCCACACUCUACAUCCUGGUCCAUGACCACGCCCACUGGGACAUUAACAGUGCAUCCCACAGUAGCUCAAACAGUGAUUCGGCUCUGGUGGACCAGCUGUUAAACUCCCGUGAGGUCAGAGAUGCUCCAAACAUCCUAAUUCUCCACGUCACCUCCUUCCCCUUCGCUCUGCAGACACAGUAUACCCGCAUCAGCCCCUACAAUGAGAUCCACUGGCCCUCUGCAUUCAGUAAUGAUGUGGACCUGUAUCAUGAGAAGACGCGCUACUUUGGUGUGUCAGAGCUUUUAGAGUCGACCCGUUCAGGGAGCAACCUGCCUCUGCUGCGUUAUGAUUCCUCCUUUGAAAGUAUGGCAUCUGCCCUGGAAGAAAGAUUCCCUAAACUGCACAGUGCUGUGAUCCGGACUACGGUUUUGAUCCAACACUACUGCGUAGCUCUGAUGGCUGCAUCCAGCAAAAUCAGCAGCUCCCACAAUCUCCACAAACACACCUCUGUGGAGACCCUAGAGAUUGUUCAAUCACUGCUCACUGCUGCCCAGCAAUGUCCCGCCCACCAUGGCCACAUGGUCCUGCUGCGGAUCCCAUCUUUGGCUCUGGCAGCAUGGGCCCAUCGACGGCUGUCCAGAGUUAGGAGGCAGCUGGGUCUGGAUGAGAGUUUUGAAAUCAUAGUGGGGAAUCCAAACCAAGCUCUUAGUAUUGGACAGAGCUUCACUGAUCAGAUCAAGACAUGGCUGAAGAUCCAGGAUGCUGACUGGGUUCCUCAGACCUACCUGGAACUGGAGUCGCUUCCCUGCAUCCUGAUCCUGUCAGGAGCUGAGCCGCUGGGAGAAUCACUGCCCAGGUCAUUGAAGUAUUGUGAUCUUAGAGUGAUAAGCUGCUCCUACCUUCAGCGAACCACACUCGAACAAGAGCUAGGACUAGCUGCUUAUCUAGUGAGAGCAGAGUCACGACCCCCACACAACCCCGGACCAGGAAGUGACCUGCUGGAGAGUGACGCAGAGAAACUUAGCAGUACUGACAAUGAGGAGGAGGAGGGACAGGAGAACGGGUACUCCCCUAAGACAUGCAGCCAGCAGCUCCAGUCAUGCCCAGACAGAGGAGCUUUAGAUCCCUUCCCUGCCCAAAGCACCACCUCUCCAAAUGUCCAAAAAGGGACCAUGGACACCGUACAACCUCCCUCACAAUCACAGACUCAACUUCAACCCCAGCCCCCAUCUCAGUCUUUUCCGUAUCCUCAACCUACAUCACACCAACCUCAAGUGCUGAGUUAUUCCCAAGCCCAAUCAAUCUCCCAGCCACAGCCACAACUCCAAAUUCAGAGUCAAAACCAUCCAUUAUCUCAAACAAAUUCCCAACCUUACACUCAAACGCUUCCCCAGCACCAGUCCCUCUCCCAGGUGCAAAUACCCCACCCUAAACCUCAACCGCUUCCCAACACCCAGUCUCGUCGCCAACACUCUAAAUCCACCUCCUCUGGCUCAUUGUCCCCGCGAGCCUCCUCCCCUCAUCUGAGCUGCUCCUGGGCGCGGGGAGUGAGUCGCCCGCCUUCUGUGCUCCUCUCUCGUGCCCUCUACGAUAUUAUCACAGCCAGUGACAGCAGCGGUCUCCCACGAUGUACUUCAUUCUUGCCACACAUGUCAGUCGCAUGGGCAAGCAGCUUCAGGCCCUUGCUGAGUAAGAUGAUGACGUGUACAGAGCAGUCACUGUACUACCGCCAGUGGACAGUCCCCCGCUCCUACCACAUGGACAGCAAAAAUCGCACUGAAGGACGAAGUGACAACUUUCACACUCGCAGGCUGCUGCUCAGUGGACCCCCACAGGUGGGUAAGACAGGAGCGUACCUGCACUUCCUGGGUAUUCUGUCUCGGAUGCUGAUCAGGCUGAUGGAGGUGGAUAUCUACGAUGAAGAAGACAUCAACUACAGUGCACAGGCAGAGGGGGUUCUGUACCACCCACCCAAUGCUUCCUGGCCCAACCCAGACAUUGUGAGGACGAUGCCCUUUGACUAUACCAUCCAUGACCCCAAAUAUGAUGACAUCAGCUCUGUCUAUAAUGCUGGAUACAAACCCAGUGCUGAGGGAAACCAUGUGCGCCAGGAGGAUGUGUACCUACGUAGGCGGACAUCUCGGAUCAAGCUGUCCAAAUAUGCGGCGUACAACACAUACCACCACUGUGAACAGUGUCAUCAGUACUUGGGCUUCAACCCCAGAUACCAGAUGUAUGAGUCAACACUGCAUGCCUUCACAUUCACCCAUCUACUGCUUGGGGAAGAGAUUCAGCUUUACUUCAUCAUCCCAAAGUCUAAAGAGCACUACUUCAGCUUCAGCCAAUCAGGAGGCCAGCUGGAGAGCAUGCGGCUGCCUCUUACCUCUGAUUGGAGCCCAGACUGCAUCAAGAGUCCAAUCUUCACCCCAACCACCGGUCGACAUGAGCAUGGUUUGUUUAACCUGUACCAUGCUAUGGAUGGAGCCUCACAUCUGCAUAUCCUGGUGGUCAAAGAGUACGAGAUGGCUGUGUAUAAGAAGUACUGGCCCAACCACAUUAUGCUGGUACUGCCCACUGUCUUUAACGGCGCCGGAAUAGGUGCUGCUCACUUCCUGAUUAAAGAGCUUUCGUAUCACAACUUGGAGCUGGAGCGCAGUCGACGUUUGGAGGGAGGGGGGCCAGCAGGUGACGUCUGGCCUUUCAUCAUCCUGGCUGAUGACUCCUGUGUUAUGUGGAACGCAGUGGACCUCGACGCACGCAAUGGUCCAGUGGAACACGCUGUGUCACUAAAGCACAUCUUACAACACAUGGAGGCCUGCCCAGACCUGGCCCACUACGGACUAUGCGGGAUCAGGAAGUGGAGCAGCCGUGGACUCACAGGUAAUAAACAAAGGGAGCCCUUCUCCAGAGGCCACCUUCAUGACUUCCUUCUCCUCAAUGUCGAUCGGAGCCAGAAUGUCCAGUACGACCAGAACCGCUUCACUUGUCACGAUGUGGACUUCACCCUGAGGCUCCACAGCGCUGGACUGCUCAUCUGCCGGUUCAACAGCUUCAGCGUCAUGAAGAAGCAAAUCGCCAUAGGAGGAUACAGAACGUUUAUUAUCAAGACCAAGACGACGGAUGUUCCCACCUCAGUGGGGCCCUCGCAGUACAUCUGUGCCCCAGACAGCAAGCACCUUUUUCUGGCUACACCAGCUCAGCUCCUCCUGGAAAAAUACCUUCAACACACCAGCCAGAAGCUGUUUCCACUCAGCACCAAGAACUACACACACCCUGUACUGUCUGUGGACUGUUAUCUCAACCUGGGACCUGAGGUGACGGUGUGUUUUGUGAGUUCUAGACCUCACUCUGUCAACAUCAGCACCACAGGGCUGCUGUUCAGUGGCCUUCUCCUCUGUUUUGCUGACUCCUUUGUGACUCCUGUGUUCCUCAAGAAGUUCACCUUCCUCAAAGGUGCGACGCUGUGUGUCAUCAGCGCAGACCGUAGCUCUUUGAGGCAGACGGUGGGCAGGCUGGAGCUGGAGGAGGAGUGGAGGUUCAGGCUCAGUGAUGAAUUCCAGACUGCCAACGCCAAGGAGGACCGACCGCUCUUCUUCCUGACUGGAAAACAUAUAUGACUGAAACACAUGUAAACAGUGGAGUCCCAGUCGGGAUUGAAAUCACUUGAAUUGCCAACGAGAGGAAAUGUACUUGAGUGCUUUUUCAUAGCAUGACAGUGUGCACAGAACAUAGGUUCUGAAUGGACAAUAACGUGUUAUUGGCGAAGAAAAAAGGAAAUCAUUUUUCAAAAUACAUCUUUUAUGUGGCCUUUAUUGAGUCAUGGUUAUCCUGUGAGUUAGCAAAAGAUUGUUCAGAAAACAUUAAGGAUUUUUCAGGAAGAUUUUUCUGGUAAUGAAAUGGUGUUGUUUACAUUUAGUGUGGUUCAUGCACCACUCAAUAAAUCACUUUUACAUAAUCUUAGAAUAGUAAUCUUUUUCAUCCACUAGAAUUUGUUUCCCUAUAAUAAAAAAUACACAAAACAUGGUGACAAAAAGGUUAACAGAUUCAUCUUGUAAAAAGAAACUCACUAGACUCAGUAAUUGCAGUUACUGCUUUUGUAUUUCUUCAUAUAUGUUUAUCUGUGUUCAGGUUUGUAUUGCAAUAUCACAGUGUUCUGCACAUUUCCUUGCAGGUCCACACAAUACGAGAAGCUUUGAAAAAGGGUAGACACAAGCAUAUGUGUGUGCAAUGGUAGCCGAUUUUUGGCAACAAACUUUUAGUUGGCCGAUUUUUGUAGCGGUUUGUUUUGCAUGUCUGUUUUUAUAUAUGGACUAUUUUGCAUAUAUUUGGUCAGAUUUGCAUAAUGUAAAGAAGUACUUAUUCAGUGUGUACAAGAAAUAGUAUUGUGUUUGGAUGUAGAAUAUUUGUUAUGCUUAAUGCUUCAUAGACUGAAUGAGGAUUGUAUUUGUUACUGUAGAAGAAACAAAUCCACUGUGUGUUGGAAGCAUUAACAAUGUACAGUUUUGUAUGCCUUUAAUUGUAUAAAUGUACAGACAUUUUAAAUAUCUUUCCUGUGUGUGUUUGUAUGUCCCUAGUAUAUUUCAAACAGAAUUGAACAGACCUUAACUGAAUUUAUCUGAACUUCACAAUAUGCAGAUAAAGAUGUACUUUCUCCUUUUACAACUA